UCCAAAUACACCGUUGGUUUGUUAAAUGUGUAUUCGGGAACGGAUAAUGAGGCCCAUUCCGUGGCUUUUGCUAUGGCUUCUUUCGUUAUUUGGUUCCACAGAAUGUGGAAUCUCCUCGCAGUGGGAUCAAUGCGGCUGUAGAUGGGAGGAUUGGGAAGCAUGGGGAACUUGUGAUAGUGAAUGUAAUGGUGAACGCAGACGGUCACGAAAAGUGUGGCUGUAUACCAACAUGCCCGGAUGUGUCUUCGCAUUCAGCACAUGCGCUACCAGCGACAUGGGAUUGGACUACUCGAGAUGUAAUGUUUUUUGUCACAAUGGAGGAACAUCAGAUAGCUACUCAUGUAGCUGUGUAACAGGAUUUUAUGGAGAUUGCUGUGGCUUUCAGGUAAACUGCGGAAAUCCUGGGUCUAUAUCAAAUGGCAACUUAAAUGGAGGUACCUACACAUAUGGUAGUACUGUAACAUACAUCUGUCAGAGUGGAUACCUGUUGGUAGACGGAUCGUCUAGUAGGAAAUGUGAAUUGAACGCAACAUGGAGUGGAACAAAACCAAGAUGUGCAUACUAUAACUCCUGUUCAAGUGGUCCAUGUAAGAAUGGAGCAAGUUGUACAAACAUACCGGACGAUUAUCAAUGUACAUGUUCUAAUGGUUGGUCUGGUAAAAACUGUGAUGUUGAUAUACAGCCACCAGUUAUGACAAAUUGUUCUAGCGACAAAUACAUUACAACACCAAAACUCACAGAUCUAGUAGAAUGGCAGAAACCUUCUUUCGCUGAUCCACACAAUUUUCCGAUUGACAUUACAGCCAACUUCCUUACCAAUGAGUUCACAUUUCCAUGGGGAGAUUUUAAUGUUAGUUAUUCAGCUAUUAAGCCAUCGAACGGUUUAAGAACAAACUGCUUGUUCGGUGUCAGUUUAAGGCCAAACCCUUGUCCUCCAAUUAAUGUUCCGGCGAAUGGAGCUUUGAUAUGCAACAACUGGAGAACUGAUUAUGGUCAGUUUUGUACAUUUUUCUGUAAAGAGUCGUUCACAGUUCCACGUGGUGUUAUAAUAGAUGACUUCUAUGUUUGUGGAGCUUCUGGAUCGUGGACUCCUACAAAUACAAUUCCCGAUUGUUCAGUAAUGGUUACAAAUUUACAGUCAACCGCAGGAUAUAAUAUAGCACCAACAUAUUCCAGUUGUUCUGAUAACCGUAGAGAAAUGCAGGAGUUUUACAUAGAAAAACUAAGCCAAUCAGAUUUCAGCUAUUUUUGUGAAAAAUUUCAAGGAGAAUGUAUCCCAGAAAAUGUGUCUGUUCAGUGUUAAAAGACUUGUUCAUUGUUUAGUCUGGUCAACAUUUCAUUAAUCAUCAAAUAAACUAAUCAAUUCUAUAUUUUGCCAAUUAUUGCACAUGUCAACACAUUUUCGUUGCUGUUCAGAAAUAAAAUUACAUAUGAAUUAUUGGAAUUCGUAGACUUGAUAAAGGAACGCCGGAAACCAUAUAUUAUAAUAAAUCAUACUGCAAUGUGCAACUAAAUAGACUAUUUCUAUAUAAGGAAAUUAAAUUAAAUUUGAAAGUUACAUAUUUAUAAAAUCAAAGCAAAAAAGUUCAAAGACGAUAUUUACCUGCAAACCUUUACUAAUGAAAAAACACAAGUAAAACUGCAGUGUGUAAUCAUUCUUUGCUUAAAGAACAGCUAUGUGUGUCCCCGUCCGGUAAGUCGCCAAUAUAGAAAUAAGGAGACGUGCUAUGGUUGCCAAUAAGACAACUAUCCACUAGAGUUCCAAUGACGUGGAUAUAAGCAAUUAUAGGUCACCGUACGGCCUCCAACAAGGAGGAAAAACCAAACCGUAUAGUCGGCUAUAAAACUAAGGCCCGUACAUGAAGUAUGUGAAAUAAUUCAAACGAGAAACUAAUGGCAUAAUUUAUACCAAUACAA